AUGGGCAAGCACGGUAAGGCCAAGGCCCCAGCGGCCAAGGCGAAGCAGCCAGCGCGGCUGAUCGGGAAGCAGAAGCAGCCGCAGCAGUCGAGCAAGGCGCAGACGGAUGGAUCAGACCACCCGAACUUGCAAGCUCGUGUGAGGACGCGCGAUACGUGCCAUCAGGACACGCACGCGCUCGACCGCCACACGCCUGGUACUUACUUGUGGUGGCCGAAGAGUGAAAUCUGCAGCGCCACUGGCGUGGAGACGCCAAUGGGGACCGAGUGCGGGAACUGCUUGUACGUCCGCAAGAAGUACUACCCGAAAGGUACGACCGCUAAGGACGUCAUCGCAAAGAAGGCAGCGGAUAAGGAGGAGCAAGACAGACACGCGAGGUUGCGUGAAGGUCAUGCAUCUGGCAAGGACGAGUGCCAGCUGACCGAAGCAGCGAACGUCAAACAUUCCACAGUUGAGGGGCCGAGGUCUUUCGAGGACGCCUUCGUCGAGGGCGACUUCACGGAGCUCUUCGCGUUCGCCCGUGUCCCUUCCAUUCAGUGCGACUCGCGCGAGAGCCCCAUCAAGUACAUCAACGUGACGCUUGGCUUCGAGACUGGCGUUGACAAGACUGGCGAGUUCGGCGUCUUUGUGCCUGACAAGAAGCCUGGUACGUCCUGCAGGCACCGCGAUGGCGUCUCCAAGACUUCGGCCAUCGUGCGGAGGGAGGAUCACGACGACUUGGGCACCGCCGCUGAGCAGGGCCUGGCGAACGACUGGAACUUGAUGAACAAGGAGGGUUUCCACGAGGUCACGGGUGCCGACGGGGCCGCCGUGGAGGACGGCGCCACUGGCAUGGAUCUCCCGUCGACGAGAGUACCGCCAGACUCUUUCUCGGCCUCAGCUUCGAGCUGCUCGGCGCCUGCCCUCGCUCAGGCUUGCCCUCCCGACGAUGCCAUUUCCGUCGCGAGUGGGACGUCGCGCGGGAGCGGGCUUGGCAGCUUCGGCCACGCCGAAAGCGAGCCGCCCGUCUCUCCGAGGAGCUGCGCUACGCCGAUGCCGACGGCGACGGCGCCAAGGAAGCUCGAGGGCCAGGCCAACUGGUCGGUCAGCGUGCUGUGGAACAAGAAGUACUGGCAGCGCGACUACGAGAAUCUCCUCACGAGGUUGAGCGCCAAGGCGAGCAAGGUAUCGGCGUUGAUGCAUGACGACUCGGCAGAGGUUUCGGAGCAGUUAUAUCGGACUGGAGUUUGGUUGCAGGAGACGAAGAAUACAUUAGACACUCCCAAAGCAUCGCCAGAUACCGUCGUUGACGCAGUCAGCAAAGAUCUUCGGAACAUCACCGUCCAAGCUGACGAUCCCCUCAAGUCCAACAUGGCCUUCGCAGUAUGCUGCUCUCUCUUGUCGCAGUCAAGCCCGAAGUCCCACGUGAUGACAUUGAGGGCGAUGAAGUACAGCAGUGGCAGCGAGCACAUGUCGGUGGCGACGUUUGGCGACAUCACGCGCGAUGGCGACUUCCUUGCACAGUGCCAGCACAACUUGGUCCUAACUUUCGCAGACAAGGUCCUCAAGCGAGUAUCCAUGACUGAGUUUACGGCACUCAUGGCGGAGUGCGACCACAUCAUCGGCGAGUGCAGCAUCAACGACCUGAACGUCGACAGCUCGAGCAUCGACCCUGCUACUGGAUGGGUACCUCAACUCCUGGCUGACUUGAAUGCAAUGCGAUUCUUUGGCAAGGUGCUGUCCGUAGAUGCCAGCGAGAAGAUGCCUCGGGACUUGAGGGUCGAGGCCUUCAAGGUGCACGCAAACAAGGAGAAGCUGAGCAACAGAGUUCGGUGCAUGAUCAGGGUAGGGGCUGGCACUACCAACUGGGCUCGCGCAGCGUGGGAGAGAACGCCAUUCCAGGAGAUCGCAGGUACAUCGGAGGGGUCGGAGCUCGACUCAGACGUCAAGAAGAGCAUCGUUGAGCUUCGCGACAGCAUCAAUGAUCUUCUCUGCGGGGAGAACGUAUCCUACAUCGAGAAGCUCUUCGAGGUCCUGAUGGUGGGCGUCACGAGUGAAUCGCAUUCUCAACAUUUCGAUUGUUUCUCAAAGUACAUGGAUAGCUUGGACGACACCGAGGCCGAGAGCACCACGAGGACCGAGCUCAUUUCCCUGAAGGACGGUUUCUUGCAAGCGAUUGGCAGGGGGCUCGAGGACAUCUUGAACUACUACGACAACUUCGCGGACAAUCUCGAGACCAUCUAUGGCAUCCACUGUGGCGUGGGGGACACAAGCAAGAUGACAUCGGAUGCAGACUGCUUCAAGUUCCUCUCUGCCGCGGCAAGAACCAUCCUUACCUUCGAGAUCGGGGUUCAGGAGAGGGCGACGAUCCAGGAGGCGAAACGUCGGGCCGAUCUACUCGUCAGCGCGAACGCCGUGAAGAUGCGAAUGCCUGGGGUGGCCCUGGAGAACGUGAUCUGCUUGUGGAGCGACCUCUGGGUGCAGGAGGGUGCCGUUACGUGUGCGCCGAGGCUAGCCGACGAGGCCAGCAGUUUGUCAUCCGCCUUCGAGACGUUCAACGAGUUCGUGGCUACCAGCCCCAUCAGCACUCCAAUCAUGGGUAUGACCACCCAGUUGGCAUCGUCGGACGGCUGCUGCUCGGUGACGCCGAAGGUCCUGAAAACGUCUACCGAGCGGGCUGGUUGCUUGCCUCCAGGCGUUCAGCCCAUCGCCCAAGCCAUGCAGUCCUAUUUCUUGGUCAAGAGGGUCAUGGAGGCAAAGACGUCUGGCAAGGUCGUCGGUACCAUCCAGCUGACCAAUGCCUUGAAAUCCUACUCGCUGAUGGUGGAGCCGAUCUCUUCGAAAAACGAGCUGGCGGAGUGGAAGGAGCUCUUGAUCACGGAGUGGUCGUACACGUUCGAUCAGCUCGUCACGGAUCUUGGCACGGGCCUCCUGGAGGCGUUCCUGCAGAAGUACGGUGAGGGCGGAGAGAACAUCUGGUCCCCGCUCACGGCUUGGAGUUUCGAUUCCGACGGUGAGGGUUCCAAGAGAGUGUGGCUGAGCUCGGCCCAGAAGGAUCCGACGAGGGAGGCCGAGAUCAAGGGCGUGGCUUCGCUCGUGCAGAACUUGCCCAAUGCCGAGCGCAUCGUCACCGAGCUCAAAGGUUCCUUCGCGAGCCUCGUCUGGUUGCAGGCCGAUCAGGUCAAGAAGCUGGGCGAUCUCAUCGAGAGGAUGGGGUCCAUCAAGCAGACGGCCAAGGAUGGCGCCAUCCUCAUGGGCGCCAUCGUGCUGGCGAACUCGGCCCUCACAGGCGUUGCUAGAGACGCCACGCAGCGCUUCGUUUUCGAGCGCCUCGGAGUUCAGAAGACUCUGAUGCCCAAGAAGCUGCUGGACGCGCUUGGCGCCGAGCCGCCUCCAGAGCAGACUUUCAAGGAGGAGGCGGCUCUGGAAAGGCGCCAGCAGCAGCAGCAGCAGCAGCAGCUCCCUCUUUAG